GGCCAAAAUCUUGUAUUCAUCAGGUCUUCAUUUAGCCGAAAUACACUGAUCCAUCGCUCUUCUACCGUACGUCAAUUCAAUUAUGUUGAGUUGAAAAGUGGCAUUCCACCAACCUCGUCCUACUCUUCCAACUAUAUUACGCUUCCUCACAGUAUUUUUACAAUGGAUAACCUAAAGAAAAAGAUUUCCGAAGUCUACUACAAUCAUGGAUUAUUUUGCGCUACGCAUCCUGUUCAAGUGAUCGUAUCGGUGUGUAUUAUCGUGGUGAUUUUGUGCUUCCCUUUAUGUCAACUAUUCAUUAUGGAGGAUGUUCCAUUGGAACAUAUGAUUUUACGCGAGGAUGAAUUUCAAACCUUUGAGAACUCCCACAUGCUUUUCAUCGCUACUCGAAACGUUGAAGAAUAGUGUCAAAAUCGUUCAAUUGCUGCUCGAGUUUCAGCCAACCGGCUCUCAGACACAGUCAUAUAGAGACAUAUGCCUCCAAAUUGAAGACCGUUUGGUUACUAAGAUCGGAGAAAAUGAUGCUGUCCUCAACACUUUGCCCACGUUUGGCUGUCUGUUACUUGCCCCCAGCCUUCUGUGGAACAACGA